AUGGAUUCAGCAAAAUUCGAUGAUAAACACGAGGAUACCGGACUCGGGCUAACCUUCGUGUCGAGACCAGAGGAAUUUCUCAUCGAGAAGAGCGCAAAAAAACACACCUCAAGCCCAGCUCACGAAGAAAUCGUCGACUCAACAAAGACUGAGGUUAGCUCAUCUGUUAUUUUACCGGAUAAUGUGUCUUUACGUCCAAAAAUAGAGGAAAUUUCAUCGAUUACAAAUGCCGACAUUAUUGUCGAUUCGAGUAACACUAGGCCCAGGACCCUCACGGCCAAAGGGCGGGAAUACAAAUGUGGCUUGAAGAGAAGCGCUGCGAUAGAUAACGACCGUCAGUUUCGCUCUAAAUUAGACACUUUUAAAGAGCAAAUCCUCUCAGGCAAAGAUCCUAAGGAAAUUAAGGAAGAUAUUUCAGCUUUGAUCAAGGAGUUAGACAUUGUCUUACAAAGUUUUGACCAAUGGAUAGAGCUAUCAGAUGAUUCGGAUGAAACUCAUCAGGCCACAAGUAAACAAGCUUAUUUGCUUGACACAUGGAAAGCAGUUCAUGAUACAGCCGUGAAAGAAAUUGACAAAUUACAAAAUGAUGCAGCCUCUAUCACAUCUCAAAGGUCCCACCGUUCACGAGUCUCGAAAGGGUCGGGAUCAAGUAGAAGUUCUUGCAAGGAGACCCUGCUUGAAUUUCGAGCUAAGAGAGCAGCCCUAGAAGAAACGUUGAAGUUUUCAGCAGUUAUUGCCGAACAAAAACAGAAACUGGAACAGUUGAAAAUACAAAAAGAACUUGGAGAAGUCACUGCACAAGAGCAAGUCUACCAAAAAGCAAUGCAAGAAGAAAACUGUCUGCAGUCGCCUGCACUGCCGACAGAAACCUAUGAUCCAAUUUCCACCUUUAUUGCCAGCAAUAAUGCUGACGAAUAUACGUCUACACCGGGUGCGCCUGCUACAACGCUCUUUGACACUAGAACACCAGUGACUAAAGUGACAGUGACGUCAUCGUCCACACCACUUGACGUUGUAUCUGUAUCUUUGAAUCAAGGCCCUCAAGGAUCAACCAAUCGAAUCUCACACUCUACCACUGCAACCACCUUCAGCUUAAGAGGACAAGCUCCUCCAGUUUACACAUCGCCUGCGUGUACUAUGUCCCAAAUUGGACUCACACCUCCAAGAGGUUUUUGCGGAAAUUUUCCAGCGUUUGUACCAUCGUCAUAUACAGCCUACUCCCCUGCACCCCAAGAUUAUUCAGUGCAACUAACUGACACCCUAGCCAAGAUCAGUCAGCUACAACGCCUCCCUCAAGCCACGCCAGAUGUUUUUAAGGGUGAUGAGACUGACAAGACUAAAUUCUUCCUGUGGGAGAAUUCUUUUGAUAGUCUGAUUGAUUCAGCACCAGUGACAGCCCAACAGAAACUACACUUCUUGUACCAAUAUUUGGAUGGCAAAGCCAAAAAGUGGUAG